AGUCCCCAAGACAGCUGACAGGAACAUUGAACUUUUUGCUCACUUGUUUGUGCUCACUAUGUUUUGGGAGGACGCAUAUUGAAGUGCUAAGGAUCGUCUUCCUUGUGCAGUCCUCUGUUCUAGAACAAUAAUGGAAGUAUUUAUCUGGACACUACACUGAUGAAGAAACAGACUGUGUUGUGAAACACUGGGUAAUGACGGAGAGCAGACUGUGUUGUGUUCGCCCCGGACUCUCUUAGUUUAUCACGGUUGCGUUGCACAGCCGGAAAAUCCAGAGGAGGUUUGCCAAUUGUGUACAGAAUGAGUGGCGACGUUGAACCCGGUCCCUACGAGAUCAGCGAUGGAGGGUUGCCAACUGAAGAAACAAGAAAGGGUCCGGAAGGUUCAGGAAGGACUGAGUCUCCCUGUGGUUCUGAGGUGAGCUACAGAUCCAAGGAAGAGCCGCCCGAUCUGAAGGAGGGACACUGCAAUAUUGAAGACAGGUCUGGGGACAUAGCGAGCCCUGCUGGCUGUCAUCAUGAACAAAGGUCUGUGGUCACAGUGCCCCCUGCUGGCUGUCAUCAUGAACAAAGGGAUAUGGGUCCACAAGAAGAGGCCGUCCAAGGGGAUCACAAAUCACCCAUGAAGCAGAAGUAUAGGUACCUCUGGGAGGGGGGAAGAGAGCCAUCAAGCUACACUCUCAUCCCUUACAUUGACACAGACAUGUACAUUUCCAACCAGAAGGAACUCAGUGAGGCGAAGACAAUGUCCGAAGAAGUGCUUGUUGAAUAUAAUGGCAUUCUGCAACCCCAAAGCGGUCAAGAGAAUCCCAUAAGAUCUGUGCUCACUGUUGGCGUUUCUGGAGUUGGGAAAACAGUCACUGUGCAGAGGUUCAUUCAGGACUGGGCAGACGGAAAAGCCAAUCAGGACAUUCACUCCAUCUUUCCUCUGCCUUUCCGGAAGUUGAACUUGAUCAGGGAGAAACAGUGCAGCCUGCUUUACCUGCUUGAGCAUUUCUACAAGGAUGCCAUGGACCGAGAGUCUUUUGACAAGAGCACGCUUUUUUCUGAAAACAUUUUGGUCAUCUUUGAUGGUCUGGAUGAAUGUCAAUAUCCUCUGGAUUUCCAGAACAAUCCGAUCUGUUCAGAUUUGUCAGCCCCAGCCCCAGUGGACGUGCUGCUGACAAACCUCAUCAAGGGGAAUCUGCUUCCCUCUGCUCUCCUCUGGAUCACCAGCCGACCAGAGACUGCCAGUCGUAUUCCUCCUUCUUGCAUUGACCGGGAGACAGAAGUACGUGGGUUCAAUGACUCAAGCAAAGAAGAUUACAUCCAGAUGAAAAUCCACGACCAAAGUCUGGCCAGCAAAAUUAUCAAAUUCUUAAGGUCGUCCCCGAGCCUCUACAGCAUGUGCCAAAUACCAGUAUACUGUCGGAUACUGGUGAGUGUUCUAGAACGACUCUUAAGUAACCAAGAGAUUGCAGAGAACCCAGAGAGUGGAGAAAUCCCACAGACUCUGACUCAAAUAUACACCUACUUCCUGUUCAUUCAGACCAACAUUCCCAAGGAAAAGAGUCCAACGCCUGAAUACAAAGUUGAGAACAUUAUAUUCAAGUUAGGCAAACUGGCCUUUCAACAGCUAGAAAAGGGGAACCUCAUCUUCUACGAAGACGACCUAAAAGCCAGUGAUCUCAGCCCCUCCGAAGUGUCUCUGUAUCCAGGAGUCUGUGCGGAGAGUUUGAGACAAGAACUUGGCCUGAGAAAGGAGACAGUCUUCCACUUUGGCCAUAUUAGCAUUCAGGAGCAUCUUGCAGCCCUCUAUGUGUUCCUAAGCUUCGCCAACAGAGAGGAGGCCACCUCCUCCUCCUGUUGCCACCCAACAGCCUCCUCCCAACUUGCCUCUCUGUUCAGAGCUUCGAGUGUGUAUGAGCUUCUUAAGAAUGCAGUGGAUCUGUCGCUGCAGAGUGAGCAUGGGCGGCUGGACUUUUUCCUGCGCUUCCUCGUCGGUUUCUCACUGGAGUCCAACCAGACACUCCUGCAAGGUCUGCUGGUGCGUGAGGGCAGCGCCUCCAACCUCAGCAGGAAGACGGUUGAGUACAUCCAGAAGAAGAUUUGUGAGAAUCCAUUCCCGGAUAAGUGCAUGAAUCUGUUUCACUGCUUGAGUGAGCUGCACAACCUGUGUAGUCUGGAGGAGGUGGUCCGGGCCAGGCUAAGCCCUGCGACUGAAUCCAGACACAGCUUAACUCCUGCACAGUGCUCCGCAGUGGCCUUCCUGUUACUCAACUCGGGGGAGGAACUGGCAGAAUUUGACAUGACAAAAUACACCGACACAGAGGAAUGCGUUCUAAGGCUGCUUCCAGUCAUCAAGGCAUCCAGAUCAGCUCUGCUACAUGGUUGUAACAUCACGUCACAAGGCUGCAAACGUCUGGCGUCGAUUCUGAAGUCCGAGUCGUGUCUGGAGGAGCUUGACCUGAGCAACAACGACCUGCAGGACUCUGGGUUCUCUCAGCUCCUCUCUGGACUUCAACACCCUCUCUGCAACUUACACACACUGAAGUUAUGGUACUGCAGUCUGACUGACAAAAGCUGUGAGCAGUUGGCUGAAACACUCGGUAGGAAGUCAAGCCUGAAGGCGCUGAACCUCUCCAGGAACAGUGUGCAGGACGCUGGGCUUAGACAUCUUUGUUCAGGCCUGCAGAACCCAGACUCCCAGCUGGAGAAACUAAAACUGGACGACUGCGUCAUCUCUGCGGAGGGCUGUGAGGCCCUGGGGUCGGUGCUGGGCUCCGAGUCCUCUUGCCUGAGGGAGCUCAGCCUGGGCAAUAACAACCUGCUGGACCUGGGCCUGGGUCGCCUCUGUAGCGGUCUGAACAGCCCACACUGUAGACUGGAGAAACUCGGACUGAGGGAGUGUGGUCUCACCCACAGCAGCUGUGUUGCACUGGCUGCAGCCCUCGGGUCCGGCUCGUCCAGACUGAGAGAACUGAACCUGAGUGAGAAUGAGCUGCAGGACGUAGGGAUGAAGCUGCUCUCGCAGGGAAUGCGCACACCUGACAGGACUCUGCAGAGACUACAGCUCAGAUAUUGUGGUCUGACCGCAUCCAGCUGUGAGUCCCUGAGCUCCGUGCUCCCCAGCCUGAUGGAGCUGGACCUGAGUGGCAACAACCUCCAGGACACAGGGGUCACAACGCUCUCCUGGUCCUUAACUGACCCCAGCUGUAAACUCAAAAAGCUACAGCUGUCGUACUGCGGCAUGUCUGAUGUUGGUGGAGCCGCCCUGGGCUCGGCUCUGGGUCGGGCCACAGGCCCGCUGGAGCUGCUGGAGAUGACCGGUAACAGCCUGCAGGACCCCGAUCUGAAGCUGAAGCUCAGGAGCCUCCACUGCCUGCUGUGACUCUGGGUAGAGGACCAGUUGGGAACGCUCUGGGCACCUACAGCCAACAGUUUAUUAGAGAGCCCUGGAAGGGAUAUGGAGAAAAAAGAAAUCGAUGGUUUUCAUUGUGUGUAAAUCCUUCACUUUAAAUCUAUUUUUGGACAUCAAUCUAUUCUAUGCAAUCUAUUUAUGGGGCGACAGUGGUCCACUGUCGAAGCGUCCUUGAGCAAGGCACUGAACCCCUCCUGAUAUGCAGUGUGCCUUCAGUGUAGGUGUAAAAUGUAUAUACAAACUUGUAAGUCGCUUUGGAUAAAAACAUCUGCUAAAUGUAAAUGUAUUCCUUCUUCCCAUAGUGUGUAAAUCUAUUAGCCUAUUUACAAAUUGGGACAAUAUUAUAUGUAUAUUACCUAACCUAUACAGUUGUUGGACGGUGUAGCUUUUUAUUUAUUACAAAUUAUAUUUGAAAUCAAUUUUAUUAAUGUAUUUAAUAAAUACAUUUUAGCUAUGUAUAUCUUAGACGUGUGUGUGUGUGGGGUGUGUGUGUCUGUGUGUGUGUGUGUGUGUGUGUGUGUGUGUGUGUGUGUGUGUGAGUGAGCAUAUACUAAAAGCAUAAAUAUUUAUUACUUGAA